UUACGUAAGCCUCACGCAAACCGACGCAUUCAUGUAGGAAACUUCAGAGCGUCUGCUCGUCUACCUAUCUUUACCUGAGCUUUCAAGCUAUCUGCGUCGUGCUCCAGCUUCAUCUGUAAGAGUCGUCAGGAUGGUUGUGCUUUCCAAGGAGUAUGGAUAUGUGGUGUUGACUGGUGUUGCCAGCAUGGUGAUGGUGACACAUCUGGCCAUUAAAGUUGGAAAAGCCCGCAAGAAGUACAACGUGCCUUAUCCUCAGAUGUACAGUGACGACCCAGAAAAUGGGAAUGUUUUCAACUGCAUCCAGCGUGCUCACCAAAACACUCUGGAGAUCUACCCCGCCUUUCUCUUCUGCCUUGCUUUUGCUGGAAUGAAUUGUCCUCGGGCUGCCACUGGACUUGGAGUUGUGUGGAUUGUAAGCAGAGAGGUGUACGCACAUGGGUACUCUACAGGAGAUCCUAAAAAAAGGAUGCGUGGAUCAUUUGGGAACUUUGCCAUGCUCGGCCUGAUGCUGUCCACGUUCAACUUCGGCCGCCAGCUUCUUGGCUGGACGGGACCACGGAUGCGAGGCCCCUUCCGUCAGGUUAAUGUUUAAUGCUGAGGACCAACUCUUAACAGUGGGGCCCAAUUAGUCAUUCGCCUUAUAGUCAAAGCCACUUCUAUAACCCAUAUUCCUUUCAUCAUGUGUGCUAACCUUUGACCGAUUUGACAUUGAAAGUCAGGUGAGGCUAAUGCUCUCUAGUGACCUGACUGGUUCUGCUGGGAGUCAAAUGCCUCAUUAUGAAUGUGUUUUCAGGCUCUCCCACUGACUGCAAGAUCUGUCAGUUUGUCCCUAAUUUCAAGUUUAUAGAAUAUGCUCAUGUAUUUUUGCAAUAAACAAAUGGAGAUUCUGUAAUAAAAAGGGAUAUUUCAGAGGUAAUGAAGCUUAGAGCAUUGGACAUUUUGUUUGUAUAUGCUUGACUGAAAACAUCAGAUUUUGUAGAUCAAUGAAAACCUGAAAACAAUAGUUACUUACAUCAAGUACAAAACAUGUCAAAUCCGCUCAUGAUUGUCUUUCUGUAGUUUUUAGAUUAUGUUAGUCAUACUGAAAAGAACGUUUUUGACUUGUCUUACUGAUGACAAUAAAUAUCAGUCAUUGAUUAUAAA